AUGGCUUCCAACGCGCCCGAAGAAAUAUCGCUACCGCCCAGUCCGCCCCCGAUACCGCACCACUCCCGGCCGUCAUCAGAUGCCCACGGUCGUCGAGCUCCCACUGCAUCCUCUUCGACUACUCAGGAUUCGCAGUACACGCCAUUCGGGAGGAUGAUCUCUGGUAGCGCAGGUCGCCCACUAGGAGCGGCAGCAACCGGCCUUGAGGAGUUGAGAGGCGUGCUCGAGGCGGCCAAUGCACUUCCGUUCGUCAAGUACCUCGCGUCCGUUGGAGUGCAGCUCUUGCGCUACGUUAUAGACAUGCAGAUUACCAACGACGAGUAUAAGAAUCUGGCCUUUCGCGCUAGGGAUAUGAUAGUGGCAGUGGCGCGUUCGUGUAACGGCCGACAUGUAUUGGCUGCUGAGCUUGAGAGUGAUCUUCGUCAGCUCACAAGCACCAUGGACAGCAUUCUUUUCUUCGCCACGGAGAGAGCGUCUCGUGGGACGCUGAAGAAGCUUUGGUCGAAAUCAGAUGAUGUCGCCAUGGUCAAGGCGCUUGACAAACAGCUAACGCACUCAUUCAACAUUUUUCAGAUCCAGUCGAACGUGACGUCCCGUAUCAGUCAAGAGCAGAUCUUGAUGAAUGUCACUCGACUGCAUCUAAGCCCACCAGUUUCCCCUUCUAUCAUGGAACGCUGUCUUCGCGUUCAAGAGGGUGUUUACGUUAUUCACCUGGAGAUUGAGGACUUCAAGUCCUUCGGCGACGUGCAUUCUGUGCAUGUCUUCAUGGCGCCACACUCGGAUAGCCCCUUACAAACCCAACUGUGGUCUAUCCAGAGAAACACUCACGAGCAUUCCGAUUAUACCAUUCGCAGUCUGGCAACGGGAUAUGUCUUGAACAUACUCUUUGCCUCAAACACUAGUGGUGCUAAGGUCGGAGGCUAUCCAUGGAAACCCGCCGAUGGCAAUGCGAAGUGGUCCUUCUGGGGUACAACACAGGGACCCUUCGGCGAUCACUGCACCAUCAGGAGUAACGGUUUACACACAGUCCUCGAUGGCGUAUGCCCAAAGGACCCUUUGGGUUGCAAUGACUUGCAUGCCACCCGUAUCGCCGAUGUAGGUCACAGCCUCUCGCAAGAAUGGCAACUUGUACCGCUCUCCUGCCCGUUUGGUCUUCACGACGCCGAGAACGUAAUUAGUGUGGUACCGACGUUUCCCCGCCGGAGGAUAUUGUUGCAGAACGUGCAGACUGGGCUGUUUGCAACACGCAAAGGGGGUGGCGAAGGACCGAACGUCGUGUUGUCGGUGCAACCUCAAGCGGACAGCGCGUGGUCUAUUUGCUACGCUGAUAACACCAAGCUUGAUCGUUUUAUGAUUCUCAGCACCUCAGCGCACCCUUUCUCACUCGACCAUUGGGAUGGGCGGUACAUUAAUGCGGGAAAAUACCUCCCGGAGAGUCCCCAUCACUUGUGGAUCCCCAUCGCCCGGGAUGGCGCCUUCAUACUUCGAAACAGUAAAACCAAUGAACUGCUGGCAGCGCGGGACAACACAGUCCAUACGCUUCCUCUGGGCGCCCAUGUUAAUACGGCGUGCCAUUGGCGUUUGAUCGAUGCGAUGACAAGGGAGCACAUUCGAGUCUGGUACGAUUCGGCGCUCUCGAUUGUACCCCCCGAAGUGGCCGGACCCAGGACGCACGCUGCACAGGUUGCAUCUCGACUACCCCUUCUUCAAACGAUGCCUGUAUCGCUAGAGGCACAGCUCGCGCUGCUCAACAGCUUCCACAGAGAACACGAGAUUAUCCGCACUAUGCUGGAGGAAGGUUACAAAGCGAUCGUCUACGCCCCUCGCGUGAUUGCUGGAUGGCGAGAAGUGGAAGUGAGAACUGUGAGAGUUGAAGAUGAAGAUGCUGCGUUUAAAUGGUCGCAAAGGGGUCUGCAGCCAUGCGCGUGA